ACCAGUGCAUAUUCUUCUCUUAAAACUCAAAAUCCAUGGCAGCAACCAAACUGCUCCUCGCCGACCUUGCCUCUAACCUGAAACAAGUUCCCGCCAAAUAUAUCCAGCCAAUCUCCGACCGUCCAAAUCUCGCCGACGUUGAGAUAUCAGAACUCUCCUCCAUUCCUCUCAUAGACCUGGAGGGUCUCGACGGCCCUCGUCGAUCUGAAAUUAUCAACCAGAUCGCGCAGGCCUGUGAACUACAUGGUUUCUUUCAAGUUAAGAACCACGGAGUACCGGAGGAGAUGAUUAACGGAAUUCUGAGGCUGGCGAGAGAGUUUUUCCGAUUGCCGGAGAGCCAAAGGUUGGAGAAUUACUCCGAUGAUCCGGCAAAAACAACUAGGCUAUCCACCAGUUUCAAUGUGAAGACUGAGAAGUUUUCCAACUGGAGAGAUUUUCUCAGACUCCACUGUUACCCUGUCCAGGAUUACAUCCACGAAUGGCCCACAAAUCCUCCUUUCUUUAGGGAGGAUGUCGCAGAGUACUGCAGCAGAAUUAGAGGUUUGGUUUUGAAGUUGGUGGAAGCCAUAUCAGAGAGCUUAGGUCUGGGAGGAGAUUAUAUAAACAAAGUGUUGGGGAAGCAUGGACAGCACAUGGCAUUUAAUUACUACCCUCCAUGUCCAGAACCCGAGCUUACUUACGGGUUACCGGGUCACACCGACCCGAACUUGAUCACAGUUCUUCUUCAAGAUGACGUUCCUGGAUUGCAGGUCCUUAGAAACGGGAAAUGGGUUGCUGUCAAUCCCAUUCCCAACACCUUCAUCAUCAACAUCGGUGACCAAAUGCAGGUGAUUAGCAAUGAUAAGUACAAGAGUGUGGUUCAUAGAGCGGUGGUGAACAGCGAGAGGGAAAGAAUAUCGAUUCCAACAUUCUACUGUCCAUCUCUUGAUGCAGUGAUCGGCCCUGCUCAUCGUCCAUCUGUUUAUAGAAAUUUCAGCUAUGGUGAAUACUAUUCCAAGUUCUGGAGCAGAUCGUCACUUACGGCUCAAGCUUGUUUGGAUAUGUUCAAGGCCUAGACACUCUUAUUAAAUCUUAAAGUUAUGAACUUUUUCUAAUGAAAUCACAACUUCAAAUGAAUCCAGAAGAAACUUUCUCUCAGUGAACUCUCAAUUCAACCUUAUGAUGAUGAUCUUGUUGGGAAAAAUGUAAAGAUAAAAUGUUAACUCUAAAUAAUAUUUGAAUUUAUGUU